GACUACUCUAUGCUCUUUGGUUCUUUAAAAAUGGCGCCGACACGUGUUGUUUCUUCGUCCGGAGAAGAUUUGGAGCAAAGACUCGCUGAUUUACUCACCAGUAAAUCCGAACAAGCACUCAAAUCUGAUCGUCUGUUUAUAAUUGGUGUUUCUGGAGGUAGUGUAUCGAAAUAUUUGUGUAACACUUUCUGCAAACUCUCGACAAACUGGGCGAAAUGGCGAAUCUUCUUCUGCGACGAACGUUACGUGCCUCACGAAGAUCCCGAAUGUACUUAUAAAUACUACAAGGAAAAUUUCUUAUCCAAAGUAAAAGAUAUGUCUGCUGAUCAUAUAUAUCCGAUUAAAGCCGAUCUUCCUAUUGAUGAAUGUGCUAAAAAUUAUUCGGAUAAAAUUGCUGCUGUGUUUGACAUAACCCCAGGGACUUUUCCACGCUUUGAUGUUGUCUUACUUGGGAUGGGACCCGACGGCCACACUUGCUCCCUUUUUCCGGGACAUCAUUUGUUGGACGAGAAAGUAGCUGUAGUCAGUCCGAUCUCUGAUUCUCCGAAACCUCCACCCGGUCGGGUAACUCUCACUCUGCCUGUCCUCAACCGAUCGGCUUGUGCUGUUUUCAUGGCCACCGGUGAAAAUAAAGCUGAAUUGGUGAGGAAAGCCUUGGAGCCUGUUGACAGCGACGGAGACAUGAUACCUGCCGGCAGAGUGAGCCCAGUCGAUGGAGAAUUAAUUUGGUUUUUGGAUGCCGCUUCUGCCAAACAGCUGAAGCAUUAAGAAUACAGCUUUACUUAAUUAUACAAGAGUAUGUUGCCAUGGUGUGUUAUUUCUGUUCAAAAAAGAAUUUAUCAUUUGCUAUCGACAGUAUAAACUUGCAAACUUUACAUUCUUAAAGCGAUAUUAAGGAAAUAUUAUUCAAACAUUUUCUGCUACUUUUGAUAUAAUAAAUACAAAAAUUAA